GUAACCCUGAGCAGCGGGUUUGGGCAGAGUGCGCGUUAUUGCAGGAUGUGGUGAAUGCAGGAGGUGGUGCCGCUCACAGCUCGCGCGGUGACGGUUGGGACAACGAGACGUGGCGCGUCCUCACAGACGGACAGCAGCUGGGAGACUCGAGCGAGUUAAAGUUCGCUUUGAAGGGCGGAAAAUUACGGGCCGACGUCCGCUCCAUACAAGGCAAGGUCGGGUGGGGAGCAGUUUAGGGAGCAGAGCUGAUUCAAUCAUCUGAGCUCCAGGGAAGAGCCCGGAACCAAGCGACGCGACUCGUUUUGUUUUCUGAAAAGAUUUGUAACGUAAAUCGUUUGAGAUGUCUGUGUAGAAACUCUCUUGUUUCUUUUUGUUUAGUUUUUAGUUUUGUUGUUUGUUUUGGAUUUGUGUACUUUGGAGAUGAGUGCGUCAGUGAACGGAGUGGAACCCAAACCCGCACCAGCGGUCAGUCAGAACGGACCGGGUUCUGUUCCUCCGAGCCCCACGAAUGUCAACACACUCGAGCCGGGGCUACCGGACGAGGAGCCGCAGUCUGCGGUGACGGACACCACGCAGAUGGGGAUCAAGUUCGCCAAGACAUUCAUGCUGAUUUUCCCCAUAUACGUGCUGGGAUAUCUGGAGUUCAGUUUCAGCUGGGUGCUCAUCAUCCUGGCCGCGCUGUUUUGGCUCAGACGGAACCAGGGCAGCAGAUUCGCUCGGGUGAACCAGGCGCUGCAGUUUCUGGAGCAUGAGGAGCGAGCGGUGCGUCAGACCAUCCGGAGCUCAGAGCUGCCGCCGUGGGUUCAUUUUCCAGAUGUGGAGAGAGUGGAGUGGCUCAACAAGACUGUGCAUCAGAUGUGGCCAUAUAUUUGUCAGUUUGUAGAAAAACUCUUCAGAGAGACCAUUGAGCCAGCGGUGCAGGGAGCCAAUGCGCACCUUAGUACUUUUACCUUCUCCAAGAUAGACAUGGGGGACAAGCCUCUCAGGGUGGAUGGAGUGAAAGUUUAUACAGAGAAUGUAGACAGAAGACAGAUUAUUAUGGACUUACAAAUCAGUUUUGUCGGAAACACUGAAAUCGAUGUGGAUAUUAAGAAAUACUACUGCCGUGCAGGAAUCAAGAGCAUCCAGCUUAAUGGGGUGUUGAGGGUCAUCAUGGACCCAUUGCUUGGAGACAUGCCUCUGAUUGGUGCACUUUCUGUGUUCUUCCUCAAGAAACCUUUUCUGGAUAUAAACUGGACGGGUCUUACAAAUAUGCUGGACAUCCCUGGAAUAAAUGGUCUGUGUGACGGCAUUAUUCAGGAUAUCAUAUACAGUUAUCUCGUGCUGCCGAACAAAAUCACUAUUCCGCUUGUAAAUGAAGCACAAAUUUCCAGACUCCGCUUCCCUAUGCCAAAGGGCAUUCUGCGGAUUCACUUUCUGGAGGCGCAGGACCUGGUAGGGAAGGACACGUUUCUGGGUGGCCUUAUAAAAGGAAAGUCAGACCCGUAUGGCGUCAUUCAGCUUGGGAAUCAGCUCUUCAGAUCCAAAAUCAUCAAAGAUACGGUUAAUCCUAAAUGGAACGAAGUUUACGAGGCAUUUGUGUACGAUAACCCAGAAAAGAAUGUGGUGAUAGAGCUGUUUGAUGAGGACACUGAUAAAGAUGAUUAUUUGGGAAGCCUUACCAUCAACGUAGAUGAACUAGAGAAGGAACAGAAAGUAGAUGAGUGGUUUGUACUUGAUGAUGUUGCUACAGGAAAGCUUCACCUGAAGACUGAAUGGCUUUCUCUUCUCCCUACACCUGAUAAACUCGAAGAGGUUUUAAGCAGCAUUAAAGCAGAUAAAGGGCAAGCCAAUGAUGGACUGUCAUCAGCAUUAUUGUUGGUGCAUCUGGACUCAGCCAAAAAUCUGCCACGCAAUCCUUUAGAAUUCAACAGUGCAGGUCUGAAGAAGGGUACAGUCAAUAAAGCGCUAAAGUCUGGUAAAAAGGUUGCCAGUAUGCCCAGUCCAUUCGUCCAGUUUACUGUGGGACACAAAUCCUUUGAGAGCAAGACAAGAUUUAAAACCAAUGAGCCCGUUUGGGAGGAGGCCUUCACAUUCCUGAUCCACAAUCCAAAGAUUCAAGAACUUGAAGUGGAGGUAAAGGAUGAGAAGCACGAGUGUUCCCUUGGGACGUUUUCUCUUCCUCUGUCAAAUCUGCUGCAGGAGGAUCAGAUGACUAUCAGUCAGCGUUUCCCACUCAAGAACACAGGACCCGGUGCUACGCUUAAGAUGAAGAUGGCACUUAGGAUUCUGUCUAUGGAGAAGUUGUCCGGAACGAAUCAGCCGUCCUCAAGUCAAAUCCGCCAGCCUAGCUCCAGCACGACCCCCAACCCCUCUCCUAAGCAGGCCAAUGUUUCAGAGCCCACCCCAACAUCCAAACCCCAGCAGCCGACCCCAGCACCCAGAAACCCAAAACCCUCCCCGCGAGUGGAAGCCUUGAUAGACAGCAGGCCAUUGGAGGACUCCCCUGCCCGUCUGGCUAAAUCAGGGCGGAGCACGUCUAACCUUGCCCUUUCUGGCUCUCAGCUACACCUAAACAACAAAGAGCAGACACCCAGCAUAGCGUCCGACAUCUCCAAUCCCAGCACCGCCCUGGAUCUCCAGAGGACAAUACAACUAUUACAGAAUGGCGCCUCGCCUGGUUUCGCUCCAUUGGGUGAAAUUCAGCUAACCAUCAGACACAGUCCCCAAAGAAACAAACUAAUUGUCGUGAUACACAGUUGCAGGAAUCUGAUCUCUUCUACUGAAAAUGGCUCUGAUCCAUACGUCCGUUUGUAUUUGCUGCCUGAUAAACGGCGCUCUGGACGCAGAAAAACAAACACGAUGAAGAAAACAGUGAAUCCUAUCUAUGAUCAAACGUUUGAAUUCAGUGUGUCACUUGUGGAGUUGCACAGAAGAACACUAGAUGUGGCCGUGAAGAAUGGAGGAGGAAUUCUGUCAAAACACAGAGGGCUGCUGGGAAAGGUGUUAGUUGACUUGAACUCUGAGGAUAUGUCAAAGAGCUCAACGCAAUGGUAUGAACUUUCAGUGGAUGGGAUGAGGCGACAAUCUCCUUAGUCAACGGAAGCAACUUCUUUCUGCCUACACAUACUGUAUUUAAAAAAAACAAACAAACAAAAAAACUACAAAUCUGUAUGCAAGACUCCAAACCUCAGUCAUGGUUUAGCCUGUGGGCAAAAUUUGUACAUGUUGGAUCUUCAGUUUUUAUCACUUUAAACAGAUUUACAGUGUGAAAGAAAAGAUAAACGCUAUUGAUGUUACGUGCACUGACUUAGCAAAAGUGAAAGAGAGAGUGAGAGUGUUUAAAGAUUUAAGUUUUAAAGAAAUACGGUUCAGCAACAUCCGUUGAUUAUUUGUUUACACAUUAAUGCUUCUAAACCAAGAGUGACAAACUAACAGUAUCCGCCAUUCACACAUUUAUGGUGGAGAGAUCAUAUGAUAUAUAAUUGAGCUCAGCCUGUAAAUAUAUAUAAAAUAAUUAAUAAAAUAAUUUUAGUAUUUGGAAAAGUUUGAUAAAUAUUAACCCUAAGAGUUCUUGUUGAACAAGCACUGAACUCAUGCUUGCUUUGAAAGUGUUAUAUAUAUAAUAAUCUCUGUAAAUGUCUACAGAUGCUCCUUUUAGGAGACAAAUUUACCAAAGAGGUACUCUGCUCAUUAAAAAGUGUGUGACUAAACCAAAUAUGCACCUAAAUGUUUUACACACCCAAGUGUUCAUAUCUAUCGACAUACAUCUCUCUCUAUAUACACACACGUACACGUCUUAUAUGUUCUCUGGUGUGGUUUAGCUCCCACUAUCACAGCACUGGCUGUCAGUGUUCAAACACGGAUGGACAGCUAGCUACAGUGACACAUGACCCUGGAUAUCUACUUCUGCCAUAACUGAAUCUUGUUUGGCCUUUCUGUAUAGCACUCAGUCACAUGUUCACUCCUUUUUCAAAAACACCUGUUCACCUCUCACCCACUGCGACCCAGCUGUGCUUCCUCAAACAUGUUUCUCUCAGAGUUAUGUAAAAUGUCUCAUGUGUAGUCUGGUAUUAAUUGAAGGUUGUGGUUUUGUCUGCUGCAGUGUCACUGAGCUGGGCUUAUGGUAUGCAGAUUGUCAAACCUCAUAGUUUUGACUUUAUUCAUGUCAGUAAGAAUGUGUUUUAUUGUAUAAAUUAUUGUGAAUAUUAUGACAGAUUAUGCUUAUUAUUAUGAAUAAUACUUCUCACAAAAAGCAAACCUAUUCAGUCAGAGCCCCCCUCUGUGCUGAGCUUGCCUUAUUGAUGUAUAUAUAUAUAUUUCCUGUGCCUUAUGACCAACAAUAUGCUUACCUUAGAGGGUAUUUGGCAUCAGAUAUAGGAUUGUAAAGUCUCUGUAUUUGAUCAAGUUUUCUUUUCAAUAAACAAUUUAUUAUUUAGUUUG